GUACCCGGAAGUGUCCACGCUAAAUGAUUUGAAUGCAGGUAGCUAUGAGCCACGCACCGUAUCGCAUUCUGUGGCUGAACUACGGAGGCGUGUUGAUAACAAAUAGGCCAAAAUUAUAGGUGACUUUCCUGUUAAAACCUCCGCAGCGGAACCCGACCCGACGUGGGUUUAACCGCGGAGUUUGGUCUGGCCAAAGCCUGGUGCCCCGGCGGGGUUGAAUAUGGCUCUGUCAUUCCUUUUUGUCUUUGCUGCAACUGUGAUUCUUAUCAGACCUGAGACACCUGUAACUAAGGCUUUACAUCAGAACUCCCUUGAGUGUUGUGGCGAGAAACCGAGCGCGAACAGCUCAUGUUCCAAUGACAGCCACUGUGAACCAGGAUGCUUUCUGCGUUUCCUUGAGAACAGCAACAGUGUUUGCAUAUUUUGUAAUGCAACAGCUGUGGAUUUGGAGAACAGAACAGUCUGCACCUACAACUAUACAGUGGAGAGGAGAAACCUCACAACCGUAACUACCGUCACUCCUAAAAUUGGCGGGCCAGGUGUGGCUGCUUCUCUACUUCUUGGAACUCUGUUGAUCAGCCUGUUCCUGAUCCUCUCUGUUGCCUCCUUUUUCUACAUCAAACGCUCCAACCGACUCCCGAGCAUUUUUUACCGCCGCAACAAGGCCUUCAUAUUCCAACCAAGUGAGACUGCUGUCAUGAUCCCCUCCUCGACAGUGCGGAAGCCUAGAUAUGUCAGAAGGGAGCGGCCCAUUGCAACACUAAAUAGUGCCACCGUACCCACUACAUCCACCACCUAGGUCCAUAAUGUGUAGGAGGAGGAGGAAGAGGAGGAGGAGGGCCGGUGCAGAGAGAACGCUCAGGAAAGCUGUUUUUGAUUUGUCACGUGAAGGUCUGUUUCAGUGAAUGCCAUAUUUAACUGUAGCUGCUUUGGCUGCACUGUUGUCACGAGGGCUGUUUCUUUUUCUCUAAUUAACAAGCCGAGUGUUAUAUUGUAGUUUCCACCUGUCAGUCGUCACAUUCACUGAUUAACUGAAUCCGAAUUUUAUGCCUUUGGACUGAGGCUAUCACCACCCCACCUCCCUUCUUCCCCCUCUGCCCCUUUCCAGUCUUAAUGAUAAGCUUAGCUAAAGCCAUGUUUUUUACAGAUCUGAGAGUGCUAAUUAUCUUAUUUAUUUUGCUGCAGAAAAAUGUAAAAGCAGCAUAUUUCUUACUAUUCCUUUUAAUGCAAACAUUAAUAGUGACUGUGCUCAAGGUGGGGAGCGGUGAUCUGUUUGGGGGGGACAAAGUGACGGCCCUGUGACAUUUGAUGGAGGCUUGUUUUUUCUAAAUAGGAUGAUAUUUAGAUGCGUGAUAUUUAUUUACAUUUUGUAUCCGUGCAUUGAGCUUUACUGAAUACAGUCAGACCAACAGAAUAAAUUAUGUGUCGUAUAGUAGAGUUGCUCUGAUGGGCUGGGAUAAUUUGGGGAGAGUGCUUUGGGUGCUUUAUGUAUGAUUGUUUGAUUUCUUUUUGUUUUUAACUGUGGCAUUUGCAUUGUUUGCUCGCCUAACCAAGGUGAAUGUAUUACACAAAUCAUGCAUCGCAGCUGCAUAAAUCAUGAAUCUACAGCUGACGUAGUCAGACAUGAAAGAGGUGACUGUCUUCUCAACAGAAAAAUCAUUGUUUUCAUAGGAAGGUCUCGGGCUGGACAAAACUUUUUUUUAAAUACCAAUUUAUCUCCUUAAAGUCCAAUAGAUUUUUCUCUAAUGAAUGAAUGCUUGUGCACUUUAUUUGUCAGAGGUCAUCAGCUAAUGGUGGACCCCGUUUUUAUUUUCAAACGACGAAGUGUGAUUGAUAUUUUUGUGUUGUUGUAUAGAUGGCAUUGUUGUUGCACUGAAAUUGUCUUGACUACUAUUAACCUUUGCCAAAUGUCUGAAGAAAUAUUUUACUGCGUGCAAUUACUGUGAUUACGGUGCCAUUUUGAGCUUUAAAAGCAGCUAGGAAACUUUUAGUCAUGAUGUGGUGAGUAAGUGGGGUAUUUGAAUUAUAUCCAGUGGCCUUUAUAUUUACUGUAAACAACUUUUAAAUAAGUGUCCAAGUUGAAUUUGUUGCGUGCUAUUUAAUUUUCAUGUAGUUUUAUACUUUGACAACAAUGAGGCUGUAAAGUAAUUUCCUCAUUCUGUAUGUGUAAAACAACAUGAAGUGAACAAGAUAAAAAGCCAGCCAUCAUUCCAUAAAAAGUCCUUUUUGCAUAAUGUGUUUGCUGUUGUACAAACAGCCAUACGCUGAAGACAUGUACAUAUUCUUUUUUUUUUUUUUUAUAAAUGAUGUAUUGUUUUUGUAACUAAUGCACAUAUUCUAGUUUUAAUGCCAUGAAGAUGUAUGUAAUGUUUGGAGAAAUAAAGCACCUUUCCAUUACCA